AUGGAGUAUAAAGAGGAUUUCGUCCAAGAUACGAGAUUUGUUGAACAAAUUCUUCAGAAAAAUCCCGAUUCAGAAUUUCAAAAUUCUAGCAAUAGUACAAUUUAUAAGGCUUUUACAAAAUCAAUUGAUAAGGCCUAUAAAUAUAAUAAUUAUGGACAAAUUUAUUUAAAAGGUGUUAAUGACGCCUUGGAGAAUAUAAAAAAUGUUGGUGAUCCAUUUGGUUUAAUUUUUACAAUUCUUGAAGACGUCAUUAAUAAUUACAAUAGAUCAAUUGUCGGAGAAUUCUCAUAUGAUGCAAAUUCAUUUGAAGAUGGGGUUUUACAUUUAUCAAGAUCCAUGGAAAUGAAUGGAGAUGGGCAUUGCUCAGCUUGUUUAAAUCAUGGAAAAAUAGUUUUCAACAAAAAUCCGCAGAAAAGUAAUUCGUGGAAUUCAUUUUUUUCGUUGAUAAAAAAUGAGUACGGUGCUUAUGAUAUAGAUGCUAUUCUUCCAUUAACAUUUGUUUCAAUACUUUUUCAUAUUUUACCACCUGAUUCUCUCGAAGAUGUUCUUGAUUUAGAUUUAUCGUUUGACUAUUCUGGUGAUAUAACAAGAUUUGAAAAUAUAUGCCAUUCAACACAUGAUUCAAAUAUUAUGAUUGAAGAUAUUCAUCGAAUCGAAUUUGAAAAGAGAAAAAAGACAAAAAUUACUGAGAUUAGCAUUGAUGACAUUUUUAACGGAUAUUCAAAUAGUGUUGAUGGUGAAUUAUUUGUGAAAUCUUUUAUUCUUUCAGAUGAUAUAUAUGACAUUGAAAUUCUUAAUGAAUAUUUUCCUGAUUAUCUUAAAUUUAGAGAAAAUGAUGAUUGCGGAAUCGAAUAUUAUGUUUCAUGGAUUCAAAAUGGAUGCGAGGAAAUCAAAAUUAAUCCAUAUAUGAAUAUUAAUGAUGUAUUAUCAGAAAGAGAGCGGUUGUAUAAUAAUCUCAACACCAUUUCAUCGGAAAAAAACACGAAUCCAAUUUAUAUUGUCGGCAUCAAUACGAUUAGGAGACUUUUUAUAGGACCAUUUGAUGAUUAUUUUAUUUCAAAACUUCAUUACAAUGGAGGUAUUAAUGAAACAAUUUAUCCAAUGGUUCACUUUUCACAAGGAAAUUUAUCUCUUCGACUAUUCUGGUAUAAUAUUAAAAUGUGUAUAUUUGACACAGAGGAAUGGAAAGAAUUCUUGAAUCUAAUUGAACCAGAUAUGCAUGCAUAUGUUAAUGGGGUUUUGACAUAUAUUAAUGAGUAUUUUAUAUUUUUAGAUAUUAGUAAAUAA